AAUUGUUUUAUAAAAUAUUCGGGCAUAGCCUUAGCUACUAAAAAUUCAAAAUAUUUUGCCCAACUAAGCCAAAAGCGUGCUAAAUAAGCUUAAGGUGGAAGCCAAUUGCUCUGCCCUGCCCUUUAGCACAUUUUUCGCUUAGCUUACUGCAAAGGAUACUUGCUGGCGUAUUAGGAAAAGGCAAGGAUACUAGAAUUAACGGGAAUUAUUCUAAAUGAGCUGCUCGCCUAAGUGCAGCCCCAAAGGCUGCUGUGGUGCAUCUUGUUUGCCCUGCUGCGGCGGCGCCUGCGGACCCUGCGGCGGCAGCGGCGGCGGCUCAUGCUGCGGCAACUGCUGCUGUGGUCCGCCGCCAUGCGGAGCGAUCUCCUAUCAGCUGACGAGCGGACCUUGCGGUCCAGUUGUGCCCUGCAUGAAGUGCUUUGGCUGCUGCCAAUGCAACUGCUGUCCGCCGUUCUAUUUUGUGCCCAACAAGUGCGCCUGCUGCUGGGAAUGGGGCUGCUUUGGUCCCUUCUACUGACCUGAGUCUGAGUCUGCGUCGUUGCCUUGUCAUAAGCGCGCUUAACAGUUUUUGGUAAUAUUUUUGAACGCAAUAAAUUGUUGUACUAUGU